UUAAACAUAUUGUUUUUUAUUGUUGUUGAUAAUAUGUUGGCAGACCAGCAACUCUGUAAUGAUUCAGCACAACUGCACGGACUAACUUUGACCUCUUAUGUACUAGAUGUAGUGGUUGUUUCUCUGUCACUUCUGAUAAUAUGUGGGAAUCUUCUUGUAAUCAUCUCUGUCAUUUACUUCAAACAGCUGCACACACCAACAAACUACCUCAUCCUCUCUCUGGCUGUGACUGACCUGCUUGUUGGAGCUUUAGUUUUGCCUUUCAGCACAAUAUUGUCUAUGAGCUCAUGCUGGUAUACAGGUUAUUUACUCUGUAAAAUGCGAGGUCUGUUUGACAUAUUACUGUGCACUUCGUCCAUUUUAAACUUGUGCUGUAUUUCAAUAGACAGAUAUUAUGCAGUUUGUCAUCCUUUAAGAUAUGCAAGUAGAAUUAAUGUAUAUGUUACUCUGAUUAUGAUUAUAUUAACCUGGACUAUUUCAUUUCUACUUUCAAUUAGUAUCACAGUUCGUGAGAAAGAUGAACAGAAUCACAGCUGGAGGUGCAAAAUAUUUAUGUCUACAAAAGAGUCUAGUCCUGGACCAAUUUUUGCAUUUUAUAUUCCCACUACUUUAAUAUUAGCAAUUUAUUUUAAGAUUUUAAUGGUGGCAAAGCAGCAGGCAAAGCGCAUAAAGAGCACUUUAAAAUCAGAAGCAGCUCUCAGUAAGAUGGAGAAAAAGACUAACAUAACUCUGGCUAUAGUGCUGGGAGUCUUCCUCAUGUGUUGGUCUCCUUACUUUUUAUCCAUGGGUUUAUACAGUUUAAGAAGAUUUACAAUACCAGUUGUGGUGAUUGAAGCAUUUAAAUGGAUUGGAUGGUCAAAUUCUAUGUUAAAUCCACUGGUUUAUGCUUUCUUUUACAGGUGGUUCAGACAUGCUUUCAGGAUGAUAAUUUCUGGUAGAAUAUUUCAAGGAGAUUAUUCCAGCACAAGUCUGUGA